AUGGCCGUCUCUCACCUGACCAACGGUCGUGGCUCCCCGUCAAAUCCCGCGAAUACCAAUGAGUCCCCUGCUCAACCCGAUGUAUUCAAUGCGAGUUCCGUCGCCGAGAUAAAGGCCGCUUUGUCCCACCUCCACACCCAAGAAGCCUCCGUGACCGCCCGCCUCGAUGCUCUGGUGACCUCACAAAAGGAUUUCUCGCGCGAAUUGGGUCGCCUGGAUCUCCUGCGCGCCCAUAUCGGCACACAAACGGCCACUACGCGAACAAUCAGCCAUGGCAUGCUCUCUGAAGCCGCAGGCACCGCCGACCGAAUUUCCCGCGCCGUCCGCCGGCUCGACCUCGAACAGGCGCGAGUCAAGGCUACAUUGGAGGUAGUCGAGCAGGUUGCAGAGCUCAAGGCUUGUGCGUUGGGAGUGGCGGGAUCUAUGGGCGCCUCGCAAGAUUGGGAAACGGCGGCCAGCUAUCUGCACCGGGCGUCGCAGGUCCCGUCUGCGGUGAUCAAUGGCGCGUUUGCAGCGGAGAUGGUCCCUACAGCAGAAGUGCCCGACCCACCGAGCGUGACUCUGGAAAAUGCAGCUGAAUCGCUGUGUGGAUUAUUCUUGCGCGAGUUUGACAAGGCGGUUCAGGAGAACGACGGGGCUAAAAUUACUCGGUUCUUCAAGCUAUUCCCGCUGAUUGGUCGAUCUGAGGUUGGGUUGGACGUGUACGGGCGCUAUGUCUGCCAAGGGGUGGCUGCACGAGCACGUGGUAACCUGAAUAGUACCGGCGCCAACAAAGACGGCUUCUUCUACGCCAAUGCAUUGACGAAGCUGUUCGAGCAUAUUGCCGGGAUCAUUGACAGCCAUAGCGGGCUAGUUGAGCGCCACUAUGGCCCUGGGAAAAUGACUCGUGUGAUUGAACGUCUACAGAUUGAAGCCGAUGUUCAGGGUGGCAUUGUUCUGGAUACCUGGAGCGAUGAGCGGCAUGUGGAUCGCAAGCUGAUGGAUGUCAAAUCCUAUGCAUUUACAUUUCUUGUGCAAAGCUUCUUGCCUACUCAACGGGGCCAGGCUCGCGUUCAAUCACCAACAGUACCAGCGACUGAUGAGGAAGGAGUUGACAUGAGAGAGAUCGACGAAAUAUUAAACGAGAUGGCAAUCAUGCUGGGCCGGUGGUCUCUGUACUGCCGGUUCUUGACUACUGCCUGCAACCCUCCUACGGAAGAAUCGAGGGGUGACGAAGAACAACAGUUCGCACCGCCUUCCUUCCUACAGGAGUCCACAUUGGCCCGCAAAAUCAAUGACCGACUGGUGAACCCAUUCAACGUGAUGACAACCUUUUUCUUCCGUCGAUCCGUGGAGAAGGCAUUCCAGCUAGAUGAAUCCCCUACAGGAUUGAGCUUACACCAGCAAAUCAGGGCAGACCCUCCCUACAUAACGUCGGCCGUCGAUACGAUCAUGUAUAUCGUGGACAAAGUAUUGCAGCAGUCCCUGGCGACCUCUCAGGAAACCGUGGUAACCAGUGUGGUCCCAACCCUUUCACGAGUCCUUGGCUCCGACUUCAUCGGCAUGACGCAGCGUAAAAUGCGCGACGAAUACUAUCCCCGAGCGCCUACCCCAGGCACUCAGCCUCCAGAGCAGACCAUCAUCUCAUUCCUAGUGCAAAUCAACAAUCUUGAUGUCGGAGUCGACUACAUCCGCCGCAUCGUCCAAAACAACACCGGCUCCAAACAGCCCCCCUCCAGCGAAGGGCAAGAGCCCGAAGUCACUGAGCAACUACUCUCGCGAUUCCCAGAUCCGGCCUCCGCUCUGCGCGUUGCCAAGACCCUCCAAUCCCUCAGCACCUCCUUCGAGGCGAAAGUCAACGAACUCCUCACGGACGGGAUCCAAGUCGUCUUCAACAACCUGAUCAAGCAUCGCCUACGACCUAUCCUCGCCGACGCCUUUCGCGACAUCGACCACGACGACUACCACGAUCCAGGCAGCAAGGAGCUUGUCCGGCCGCGCUUCGCAGAAGGCUGGGCCGAGCUCCUCGGCCCAAUGGCCCGGAUCAUGACGCAGCAAGCAUUUGACCGACUGUUGACCGUCACCAUUGCCUACUUUGCUCGACUCCUUGAGAAAAGACUCUGGUCUUACCAGGGUCGUGUGAACCCGUUAGGCGCGGCGAGACUGGAGCGCGACAUCGCGGGUCUGGUGAGUGCUGCAGUGGAUGUUGGUGGGGCGGGUGUCCCCGGUCGCUACCGUCAUCGUGAGGCAUUCGCGCGCUGCGUGCAGAUGACGCUGGUAAUGAGCAUGGAUGAGGAUGAGUGGGAUGAAGUGCUGAGUGGUGGGGAGGCGGCGGAGGUGGUGGAGAAGCUGGGCCGCGAGGAGAGGGUGCGUGUCCGGGGCAUGGUGAGACGUGGGUAA